UCCUCUCUCUCUCUCUUUAUACGUGUAUGUUUGUAUAUCUCAUGUUCCAUUAAAAAGAGCUCUCUCUUGGAAUAUGUAGUAGUUUUCAAUCAAAAAAGUAUGAGUUCACUACAUAUGGAUGAGCAAUAUAUUUUAGAGUUCAAGAAGCCAUCAUUGCUUCACAGUGGAAGAAGCAAAAAAUAAUGGCAAGAUUGAUUUUGGAGAAGUUUUGGACACUACAAAUAUUACUGCUUGUUUUUGGAAUUGAAAAGAUUAUUGUUGAUCAGCUGAUUUAAUAGUUGUCUCAUUCUUGUAUCAUGCCUCUGUAUGAGUUCUUGAGAUUGGCUAUCGAAAAGCUUGAAUCUAGCCAGCAGAAAUCAUCUUCUGUUGAUCCCUCUUCAAAAACGGAAAAUGGCUUAUUUGGGCAGCCUGAUAAGGUUGCUACCAAUCUCAGUUUGCAGCCUGAUACCCCUAGUGCCUGUGAUGGAGAGAGGCCGGGAAAAUCUAGUGGUGUCGAGUAUAUCUUCAAUGAUAUUUCGCCAGUAUUGGAUAUAAGUCGAAAGGAUGAAGCCUCUCCUUGGUUAAGUUAUCCCGGAGAUGAUAGCCUGCAAGUUUACUCUUCUGGUGUCUUACCUCAACAAUCAAGUGUUUCUUUUAUGUCACAGAAACAUGGAAGGAGUUGUGAUCAGGGAGUUAGUGAUUCGGACGUUGUGGAGUUAUCUUCUUUCAAAGCUCGUCCGCUGCAAACAUGUCUGCAUCAGAAGGACCAUACAUCAGAUCCUUCCUUACUCAAUUGCCAAGAUGCUAAGUUUUGGAAUAGUGAAGAGGGUGUAGACUUACAUGUUCCAGCUGCAGUAAACUCUUCACGGUUAUUGGCCAACGAAGAUAAAGAUUUGUUUCAUGAUGGAAGGACCAAGGAUAUCAGCCUAGAUACAUUCUUGAAAACUGACAAAAGUUUGAUACAAAACAACACUGUUGCUUCAACUAGGCCUCUAGAUGGGGAGAGGAUUGUCGAGUCUAUCGUUGGUUCUUCGUUUGUAAGCUCUGGUAACAGUGCUGAUAAGAAUCUCGAUGAACAGAACCAUUAUACCAAAAGAAAAUCUCGUGAGAAUGAGGAGUCUAGCCAAAGUGAUGAACUUCAAACCGAGUCUGUUGGUCUGAAAACACUAACUCCAGCUGAAGGAGGCCGGGGAUCAAAGAGAAGGCGUGUGGCAGAAAUGCACAAUCUUUCCGAAAGGAGGCGAAGAGAUAGGAUCAACCAGAAAAUGCUUGCUUUACAAGAACUAAUACCCAACUGCAAUAAGACGGAUAAGGCUUCCAUGCUCGAUGAAGCCAUCGAGUAUCUAAAGAUCCUUAAACAUCAAGUGCAGAUUAUGUCAAUGGGAUAUGGAGUAUGCGUCGCGCCAUUGAUGUUUCCACCGGGAGCCCAAAACAUGUAUUACGCGCAUACGCCUCAUCCUUCAUACGCAGGGAUGAGAAUGGGAGCGAGUUUUGGUAACACGAAUGGGGAUUCCGUUCACUGUCCUGUUUUCCAUCCACAUUUUCCUACGCCUAUCGUAAACUGCCAAGGUGCUAUCGCUCCGAUGCAUGGACAUCCCUGCCCGAGACUUCACACCACAGUCUCUGGAGCACACACACACUUAUUUCCUCCAACUAAAUCUAACAAAACAACAGUGAUGGGGGCAAGUGCCUUGAAGCUCACAGAUCAAAACUCCAAGGAUCUGAUUGCGAACAAGAAGUCACACAACGUGGAAGUGAGCAGCUCAGUCUCUACUAAUAUUUGUUUCAAUUAGCUGACAAAUAGUUUAGCGUGGUGCAGCUGCAAGCGGAAAAUGAAGUUCGAAACAAUCGAGCUGCAGAUGGCACCAGAAACUAAUGAAGAAGCUUCUUUCUAUGCUAGUCAGAGUAGAGUUCGGCAACAUUUACUUUUCUCGCUCUGGGCAUUGUACAUUUAUGAUUUAUAUAAGGUGACUCGUGUGGAUCAAGCAUUUUCAAUAAAUUUUGAAACAUGUUUAUAGAAUUCAAAAUA